AUGAAGACAGGUGAAACUUGGGGUGUAGAAUACCAGACGAUUGACCAAAAAGCUCAACCGAGGCUGGUUUCUGUGGGAACGUGGAGACCAAGCGACGGAGCCGAAAUGACUGAUGAGUUAUUUCUACACGUUGCUCAUGGAUUUAGAGGAAAAGUUCUGCCCAUGAUAACAUUUCAUAAUCCACCAUGGCAGAUUCUAAAAUUCAAUGAAACUGGUGAUGUUAUAGAGUACAGUGGACUAAUUUUUGAUGUCAUUUUUGAGCUGUCCAGAAAUUUGAACUUCACAUUCCGCCUUGAAAUUGUCAACAAAACAAAUACAGGAUCUACUAACUCUACUUCUUACGAUACAAACAACGAUUUGACCAAUAAAGUACCAAAAAUUUUAAUAGAUUUAAUAAAAAACAAAACGGUAGCUUUGGGAGCAUGCGCAGUCACAGUCACCGAAGACUUGAAGCUAAUGGUAAACUUCACCAGACCGAUCACUAUUUUGACCUAUACGUUUUUGGUAUCCAGGCCCAAAGAGCUCAGCAGAGCGUUGCUCUUUAUUUCUCCGUUCACUAUGGACACAUGGUUGGGUCUAGCCGCUGCUAUUGUAUCAAUGGGUCCACUACUGUACUUUAUCCAUCGUCAUAGCCCUGUUUAUGAAUAUAAAGGAAUAGCUAUGAAAGGAGGUUUAGCAUCUAUCCAAAACUGCAUAUGGUACAUGUAUGGGGCUUUACUACAACAAGGUAAGUACCGAGUGUCCAAGGGGCCAACAAAUCAAAAUAAUAUUUAUGAAUGA